AUGGGCUCUUCUGAGCUCAUUCUACAGGAAACAUCGGACUUGAAAUCAUCGCCCACUUCGGAGCAUUCUCCUGGCUCACCGAUAAACAAUCUCGACAAUGUCGAUGUGCUCACCGCACCAAUCGCCCCACCAAAUCCAGACGCUGUGAAGGGAAAAUCUACCGAAAUCAACAUCGAUGAGUUUUACCCGCCGACCCAGAAGUUUCUAGUCUUCCGUCACACUUCAUGUCGUUAUUACUGGAUUGAAAUCGGGCUGAGCUGCUUUGAGCGUCGCACAUGCUGUAAUUGUAAGACCCACAACAUUCCAGCUCUGAAGACUUUCCCUGACUUCAGCGAGGCCCGCUCUUUCCUCCACUAUCUGAUUCAGACUGAUUUUCUCCAAAAAAUGCAGUCCAUUCAGUAUCGAUACGUCUAUGAUCAAUUGGAGAGGAAGAAGCAAAUCGAGUUUCAGCAAAAAAUCCCCUUCUACACCAGUAUUCAGGAUGCCAACUAUGAUGUUUGGCCAGGCAGAGACGGAACAUUUUAUAAAGAAUGGCUUUUUUGGUCGCAAAAUCUCCCGAUCCCGGAAGUAAUGGGAUUCAAUUCUUAUCUCAAUAUGAUGAAGGGAAUGGUCAUGGAAGAGAAUCCGGAGAAUUGGUUUUUCUGGUACAAUAUCAACACCUAG